UGGCUCUGUAACAUCAUUCAUCUUCCAUCAAACACUAUCUCUUGCCUUAUCCAAUAGCUGCUGAUUUUUUUACAUUCCAUCUCUUCCUCUCGUCAAAAUUUCAACACCCACCACCUCUCUGUUCCUCCCAAUUUCACUUCCAUGGCUGCCUCUACUCUCUCCCCUGCAACUCCUUCACAGUUGUGUUCUAGCAAGAAUGGUAUAUUUUCUUCUUCCCAAUAUCUGAUGCUGAAGCCCACAAGGACCAACUUUGUGGGAAAGGAAAAGGGCAUGAGAAUUACUUGCCAGGCCACUAGCAUUCCUGCUGAUGACCGUGUCCCAGACAUGGGCAAGAGGCAGCUCAUGAAUUUACUGCUUUUGGGUGCUAUUUCUCUCCCCACUGCUGGAAUGCUGGUUCCUUAUGCCACUUUCUUUGCCCCACCUGGGGGGGGUGGGGCCGGUGGUGGUACCAUAGCAAAGGAUGCUCUUGGAAACGAUGUUAUUGCGGAUGAAUGGCUUAAGACCCAUGGUCCUGGUGACAGGACCCUAACUCAGGGGUUAAAGGGAGACCCCACCUAUCUUGUUGUGGAGAAUGACAAAACCCUUGCAACAUAUGGAAUCAACGCAGUGUGCACACAUCUUGGGUGUGUAGUGCCGUGGAAUGCUGCUGAGAACAAAUUCAUAUGUCCUUGCCAUGGUUCUCAGUAUAACAACCAAGGCCGUGUUGUCAGGGGACCUGCUCCUCUGUCCCUUGCUUUGGCACAUGCUGAUGUUGAUGAUGGAAAGGUAGUAUUCGUCCCAUGGGUUGAGACUGAUUUCAGAACAGGUGAAAAUCCAUGGUGGGCUUAGAUCACCUUCCUCAAAAUUUCAUCCUCGAUUUUUAUGUGAUUAAUUUGUAUACCAAUCAUCUUGGUUAUAGUAAGCAUUUUGAAUUGGAUUUGGAGAAAAAAAAGAGAAAAAAAAGAAAAUCUGUCUUCAAGAAUCAGAACUACUAUUGUUAAAUCCAAUUUGUUCAGAAAGUUCGUAUUGA